AUGCUUCGCAAGACUGUCCAGCGGCAGAACUCCAGCUCCUCAAUUGCCUCGAACGCCUCCUCCACUUCAACCCUUUCCGCAAAUUCCACACAGUCUUCCAGCAACGGCAACGGUGCAGUGCAGGCCCCGGCGGAUAGUAGCACUGCCAGCAGCUGGGCCGCUCGGAAGAAGCCCACUCGUGGCCUUUGGCCUCCCGGUAAGGCUGAGCCUGCCACGGGUAUAUCUACAGCGCGACCCCAGGCUGUCAGCUCGGCCACUUCUGGCGCGACCGCCUCAUCAGCCAUAUCCGCGCUCCAUGCGCCGCUGCUCCCGUCACAGCAAAUGGCAAAUGGAAAUAGCCAGACAGCGGGUAGUGGUGUGCUACGAGAGCAAGUACCAUCUAUGCCAACUGCAAUACUGCACCUCCUACCUAUGAACGGGACUUUCGAGCGCAAGACCAUUACCGUGCCCUAUGCCCCGGAUGUGUUGCGCAUCGGCCGGCAGACAAACCAGAAGACGAUUCCCACACCACUGAAUGGAUACUUUGAUUCCAAGGUGCUCUCAAGGCAACAUGCCGAGAUCUACGCAGAUCGGAGCGGACGCAUCUUCAUUCGGGAUGUGAAGUCGAGCAACGGCACAUUUGUGAAUGGCAUGCGGCUGAGCCAGGAGAAUAAGGAAUCGGAGCCUCGAGAAUUGCGUGAACAGGAUGUGCUUGAGCUCGGCAUUGAUAUUGUGUCCGAGGAUCAGAAAACCGUCGUGCACCACAAAGUUGCAGCAAAAGUCGAGCAUGCUGGAAUCUACGGGCAAGGAGGCGAUGGAAUUUCUUUUGGCGAUCUUCUCGACCCAAGUGCGGGAGGUGGACUGAUGGCUAGUCCCCACCAAAUGCAACUCAAGAGAAACAACAGCAACGGGUCCAUGAACAGCCGGAGCAGCAUGAAUCCAGCAUCCACGCAAGCAGCGGCACUGGGUAUGGGACAGCUAGGUCAACCUCAGCACAUGAGAAAUUGGCUGAAUCCGAUUACGACCGAGCACAUUGUAAGAAAGCUCAACCAUGAGAUGAAGCUUGCCAUGCAGCAAUCACAAGAGAUUGCUCGUGCGAGACAUGCCAUUGAGAAUAUGCUGGGAGGGAAAAUCGACGCACCACCCGCACCGGAAAAGAGGCCAAGCUUCGAAAAGGCAAAACAUUCCCCCGUAAGGUCGAAACUGGACCUCAAGGCACACUUUUCUGAGCCUCCGGCACCUCCCCCACAAGCKCCGCUUCCGGAGAAACCCGACGUUGCAAAGGCUCUUGCUGACCCACUCAUCCUACCAUUACUCCGCCGCAAUGAUACUGCUCGACCACAAUCUGGCAGUGCCUCUCCGACGAGGAUGGACCACUCUGGGGAUAUAAUCCGGCUUUGUGAAGAACUGAAGCUCGCGAAAGGCGAACUCAGCAAUCAGAGUGAACGUAUGCGCAAGCUUGAGACUGAGCUCGCUCUGGAGCGCACUGCUAGGGAAAGCGCCGAGGAGAGAGCUCAGAGAUUGGAAGAGGAUGGACCGAGACAAGACWCGCCUUUAACACACCAUGAGGAGAGGGAAGUAGAUGAAGAAAGUUCGAGCGCCACGGAAACGACCGAGAAAAAUUCACCGGAUCUCCAAGGACAAUUGGAGACACUUCGCACUUCUAUGGAUGAAAUGAAACAACACAUGGAAGCAUACCGAAAACGGGCGGAGAUUGCGGAGACGGAGCGGGAUGAGGCCCGUAAGACGCUUGCACAGAUGGUAGCGGAAAAGCGAAAAGCGAACGCAGAAAAUGCCACGCUCGACCACGCAACGAAGGCACCGCAAACACCCCCAGGGAAAGAGUUGCGGCACGUUGACGGGUCGGCACAGGACGUUCAAAAUCGUGAAUCGGCACCUUCUAGCCCGACUUCCGAAAGCCUUCUCGAGCGAGCAGGCGUCGAGGACGGCCGACCUAUCACCCCGGAACAAGCAAGGAUGCUAACACGCUUCCUCGCACAGGAGGUGCUGGGCUCAAAGCUCCCGCAGACUGGGGAAUCCAGCGAUACGUUGCUCUAUUAUGGUGUUCCGUAUACGAGUCUUGCAGCUGUAAUACUGGCGGGGUGGUUUGCUAUGCAUUGGAUUAAUGGCUGGCCUGCGAAGGUCGAUCGUUGA